AUGCCCGUCAAGAUGUUUUGCCGAUUCACGACGGUUGGCUUCUGUGCUAUCUCGGCUGUCAUUGCGAUGAACCCUGCAGUGGAUCCAGCUCGUGCAAUUGGGAAGGCGCAUGCGGAUAAUUAUGCUGGUGCCACUUCUACGCGCCUCACUCCUCUAGAAAAUCAAAUCCCCUCAAUAGCGGGGCCAUCCGAUCCUAGCACAUCAACUCGUGAAUCUGGGGGAGCCUACACAAUCACACUAGAUGGACAUAUCCAGAGAGCUUUUGUCCCAGAAAAUCCUUACCGUCUUGAAAGAUUAGGAUACAACACACCCGAGGAAAAACACAUCCUUGAGACAAAGUAUUUGAUCUUCGAACUUAGAGAAUCAACUAUAAGGUCCCAAGAUGAAAGUGAAUCCUCAUUGACUGUCAGAGAGAAACGAUAUCUGAAUCAUAUCAACCGAACCACUAAUCCGGGUAUAGAUAGCAAGGAAUUCCUGAUCAUGAAAGAAUUUGAGAAAAGAAUAAGCCAAUUGAAAGUUCUUGAAGAUGAUAUGAAAGACCUUCAGAAGCUCUUCAACAAGGUCAACUUAGAUCGUGCUGAAAUCCAGCUCAAAUAUGGGAAUCUUCUUCUUGAAGAAAACGAGCUUCGUUGGCUGUCUCGGUUUGUCAAAUCAGCGGUGAAAUUCCGAAAGAAGCUGCUCAUCUUACACCAACUCAAGCGCAAGUUUCUGGGGGUAAUGGGGACACAAGAAAGGAUGAACCAGAUCAGGCGUGCAGAAUCCAUGGGAGCUGAAGAAGUCUUGGAAUGUGUGCAAGUGUUCUGUCCCGAACGAUUCCCGCCAAGUUCUAGUAGACGAAAUCCGGCGGCCUCUUUGGAUCGAUUUGUUGACGAGCUCAGACGAGCUAUGAUUGGCUGGCAGUCCUUGGCUGGAGAUAAAGACAGUACGAUGGCGCUUUAUUCGAUGAAAUUGACGGAUGUGUUGUUCAAACAUGGAUUCAUCAACCAUCAAACUGUAAGGAAGAUUUUCCAAGAUGAUGAGAUGCUUUGGCAAGCCUCGCAUUUCAACCUCGAGUAUCUUCACGACCAAGGGCUUUGCUAUGGCAGACACUUUAGAACUGGGAUGAACAAAUUCACAGAACAAUGGUUCUGGCCAUACAGCUUCCAGUUUCUCAGUGUCUUUACGGGUGAAAAGGACGAAUUGAUGAUAGCUCUUGGAUUAUCGAUCCGGGAGUUGUUCACAGAGGGAGACAGAUUCAUGGCGACUGCUAAUAGGUCAGAGGACAGUUCCAAAGCAUGGGAGAACUUCAAGGAAAAAGUUCCGAUGCGAGUCUACCGAGAACGAAUCCUGCAGGCUGUAAACAAAGCACCAGAAGAAGAAGCUCCGAGGAGAUCGCAAACUGGGCCAACAGUUUACCAAAACACUCCGGCUGUUAUAGACCAGGAGAUCCCAAAACAAGUGCUGUUUGAUGCCCGCUAUCUGACCAGGAUCAUGUUAGAUUUGCCGUAUCGUGAGGAGAGGCCCUUGGUCAGUGCAGCCUGCGAAUUUUUGGAGCUGGUUGAGAAGCUUUACCCGGGGGUGAUUGCGGAGGCACACCAGACGCAGCAUUACACGAGGGAGCAGAUCCGAUACAUCCUUGGCACACACCGUCUGCUCUUGGCAAGCUCCAGAUACUCGUAUUUACUCCGAACGAUGGAGCACUUGAGUUGGCAAUACGGCGUCCACGGAGAAUCUCGAUUGAAUUCGUACUUGAUGCAAGAAUCCGCAGUCCGACCGGCUUCCCACUUCGAUUAUAUACUCUACAACUGGGAAGUCUUCCAGCUCGAUUAUCGCACAUGGCUAUCGCAGACAUCCGAAGAGUUGCAGAACGCGAAGGAGAUAAUCCAUCAGAUCUCGGCCCAUUGGUGGACCGACACGCCUCAAAGGGAUUUGCGACAGUUGAUCGAUUCUCAAACUGUGGAGAAUGGUCUUGAAGCUUUCGACCGUGGCGCGGCAAUCCUGAACAAGGCUAUGAUCGAGGAAAAACAACAUGCUCUUGGUGUGUGAGGAAAGCUCUGACAGGCCUCAGCAAGCUCUGCCUAGUCUUUCUGGUAUAGUUUUAACAUAAAAUAUCUACAUCUACAUUUGUAUUGUCCACUUCAAAUGGUCUACAUAUAAAUACUUCUGCCCAUCUUACAUAUAUCAUUAUGGUCAUUUUUCUCUGUUGAGAUGCGUGGAGCGGAUUGAUCUGGUUGCUUAUUCUGGGUACAUAUUCUUUUGUAAUGUUUUUGGAGAAUUGGGCCCCAACCUCUUAACAGCCAAAUAAAC